CCUGCAGACUGAAGCGAUUGAAGGUACGCGAUUAAUAGCCCAUGACGUAAUCAACACGGGUGUCGAUCUGGAUACUUUUGAUAUUCCUACUUUGAUAUUCCAGGGAUAAACUUCUAAUCUAUACCAUUCUGCCAAACUCGCUAGCAUUUAUAUUGGUAGACUUUGCUGACAUCAUCCCCUGGUAGUGUGAUAUGACACGACCCUUUUGCUUAAAGUGUAUCAAAUCAAAACGACAAUGUACUGGUUAUGGUCGAGAUCUAAUAUUUGUCAAUCGGACUCCUUCGUGUCCGUCGACUACUGCGAUGUCGGUAUUGUCGGGACUCAGAGCGCAGGAGGUGCCGAAAAGCGCUUCGCCUAAUCCAAAAGCAGAAGCAACCUUGCACCAACUGUUCUCCAAGUCUUCGCACAAUUGCCGUGAGUUUCGAAUGUACGCUGUCGAGCUGCUGGAAGCUAUGUAUCUCCCAAAACACUCGGUUUCUAGUGAGGGGAGCUUUUCAUGGGUCUACCAUAUAACAGAUCUCAAUGAGCCUAGCAGAUCACUCGACACCGCCCUCUUCGCAUUCUGUCUCACCCAGCUCCAUGUUACUGGUACAGGAGGCCCUUCGUUAUAUCAAUGCCUUGACCAGUAUAACACCGCCCUGCAGCAUCUCUACUCCGAUUUAGUCGACUCGGAAAGGAGGUUUCUAGAAGAGACAUUGGCAACUAUAGUGGUUCUAUCGACAUGUGAACUCUUUGUAUGUCCUGCAGAAAAUGGUUGGAGUGUCCACGCACGCGGUAUUGCAGAAAUCCUUCGACUGCGUGACCCGGAAAUGAAGAGUACUCCAGCAUGGCGGCAUCUGUUUUCGCGUAUGAGGAUUGUCUGCACCCUGGAAGCUCUGACGAAGAGACAAGCACAAAUUCUCGAAAACGAUAUAUGGCGACAAAUUGUAACCGAGUCAGGCUUAACCGUAGCUCUUGACGAGGUUUAUAGGAUGAUUGCAGACUUCCCCAGCAUUCUUGAACGAUCUGUUGCUCUUCCUUUGAUUAGCGACCACAGUGUUCUUCUAAGGGAAUCGGCAGCGGUUACGCAGUCAAUAUUAGCUAUGGUGGAGUCUGUGGAAUACUGGCACGAUGCAUUCUGGAAAGCUUCGCCAACUCCUCGAUCCUGGUCUGUACCAAGCCGCGCAGUAAAUCCGGCCGAUGCCGACCCUUCAGAUAAGAUCUUCCCGUUCUGUUUUGAGUUUGAAUCGCUCUGCGUCGCAGUCCCUGUCGUUAUGUGCUGGUCGGUCGGUACUCAGCUAUAUAGUACUGUUAUUCAAAUACAUAACCUUGUUCAAGCAAGGCUAGGCCGGCAGAUUGAUCUCAAAGAUCUCCUGCACCAAGAUGGUGCCACAGUGAUAGAUGCGGCGAGCCCGUCGGAAUCUCCAAACCGGGACACUCUAUUACCCAAUAUAAGUACUGGCCGCUCGAUACAAGACAUUCAAAACGAGGGGACAAGGAUGGCGCAUUACGUAUGUCAGUCAAUGGAGUAUUUCCAUCGAAUAGAAAUGGGAACAUAUGGUGGUCACGCAACAACUUAUCCAUCUUGGAGCGCUCGACAGUAUUUUCGGCUCCAUCCGGGCCACGAGCGGGAAUGGUUGUGGAUACAGAACAUGCACAUGAUGGAAGGCCCCAAUACACGUUGGGGACUGUCGAUGAUGACAUUUGCGGACAUUGCUGAGCCAUUGGGUGGCUGGUCAAGAUAGAACUUGAGUAGAGUCUCGCCCAAUUUUACUUUGUACAAAAAUUGCGAUUCAUCGAAUUAGCACUAGUAUACCCCUACAAGAGAUGCGAGCGACGCCGAAGAACCUUGGCUUAUAAAAUUGUUUAAAAAAUAUAGGAGUUCUUGGGGUAAAAUGCAAGUGAAUUACGAUCUUAGUAUGAUGAUCGAAUCACGAUAACCUGCUAACUUGGAGAAGGGUUGAAUCUUCAUCGAAUUUUCAGCUUCUAAACACCUCUAGGGCCUUGAUUCGCCACUAUACGCCAGGAAUACAAUUAUCACGGUAACCCAGUCUUAACUAGAGUCAGUUGUUCAUACUUCAACUUAAGCACCUCAGGAGGUAGUUAACAAGUAUAUUUAAAUGUUAAGUUUUUAAGACUAGACAUUGAGGGACUGUUGUUAAGUACAAUAUGAAAUAUUUUAGUCAAGAGUACGUAGGUGUAUACAGGUUAAGCUACUCCUUUUAUUCCUUGAUACAAACAACUCCAAC